UCGAUUCCAUUGGUAGAAAACCACCUGAGCGACAAGUGACACACUUCGAUGGUCAACAGGAGGCACCGUGCGAUCUGAGAGUGUUCACUUUCAGUUUCCCCCAGGGGAAGUUAGCGCGAAUUGGAUCGCGAUGCUGGACGUGUGAACAUGGAGGCCAGAGGCGAUGGUGAGGUUGCAGAUGGCCCAAACAUUCAGACGAGUGACGCUGACGAGAGUGCCUGCGAGUCCAGAGAUGAGAGGUCACAUGAGAACAUGGAUGUGGAUGAAGAGGGUUCGUUCGCACACUCCACCACUUUGACCAACAAGCAGCGUGGGAACGAGGUCACAGUCCGCCCGGCAACGUUGGACUCUCUGUCCAUACACCAGCUGGCUGCUCAAGGCGAGGUUUCCCAGGUGGCCGCACACCUGAGUAAAGUUCUCUGCUCUGCAAGCAGGACGAACGGGGCUUCACGCCUCUCAUGUGGGCAGCAGCGUUCGGAGAGAAAGCAGUGGUGGAUUUUCUCUUGGAAAAGGUCAGAAGGCGCAGACCCCAAGACAAUUGCGAGGGAGCGAGAGAGUGCCCUGACACUGGCCAGCUCAGGAGGCUACGUGGACAUUGUUGAGUCUCUUCUCAGACACGGAGUCGACAUUAACACUUAUGACUGGAACGGGGGAACUCCUCUUCUUUAUGCUGUGCGAGGGAACCACAUCAAAUGUGUAGAGGCCCUCUUAGCCAAAGGAGCAGACAUGACCAUUGAGUCUGACUCUGGGUACAGCCCGAUGGCCUUAGCUGUUGCUCUUGGACACAAAAAGAUGCAGAAAGUGUUGGAGGACCAUAUUUUGAAACUCUACAAGCCAACACCAACACCAACGUGAUCUCAGAUCUAUAUCCAGUUUUCAUCAGUUGAUGGCUUGACCUCUGUUACAAGUUACUGUAAUAGAUCAAUACACAUGCAGAGACACCUAUACCAUGGAAACUCAAUUUUUUAAAUUUAUACACAGUUUAUUCCAUUUGUGUGCAGCAGUUAGUUUGUUUGGCCAGAAGACAGCAAAAAUGACUGUAAACAAGUUUGAAUAAAAAUGUAUUUUUAUACCGUU